CUCUACCGCCGCAUCCUCCGCGUCCACCGCCGGAAGCUCGAUCCCGAGAUGCGCAUCCUGGGCGACUCCUACGUCAAGAGCGAGUUCCGCGCACAUAGGAACGUGGAGAAUCCGCUGCAUAUUAUCGGCUUCUUGACGGAGUGGCAGCUGUAUGCGCAGAAGCUGGAGGGUGAUGCGUGGGUUGGGGAGAAGCUGGAUAAGUCGAAGCUGGAGAAGAUGAGUGAUCAGCAGAUCGGGCAGCUGUAUGAGCUUAUGCAGGCGAUCAAGAAUCCGGAUGGAGAGGGGAAGGAGUGAUGAAUAUACCCUGUUUCUCCAUGUCGCCGGCUAGGGUAUGCAGGAGAGUGGUGGAAGGUUGUCUAGCGGCAUCGGUCGAGGUCUGAGGUGGAGGACAUCGGUAACGAGCUACGGAGUAUGAGGAUCUAAUAUCCUCAAUGUACAUUAUCAUGCAUUGGCCAAAAUGGCUUGCUAUGGGUGGAUGGCAUUUGUCUCAUUUUCACGGCGUUGACGUGUAUAUGUAUUUAUUUAGCUUGCAUUAGUUCAGCGGUAUAAGAUUUCAUGCAUGCGGCUGGCU